CGAUCUCCAUCCCCACCGCGCAAGUUGGGUGUUGGGUUGCGUGGAAAUCCCGGAGUUCGCGAUCAUAUGUUGUUGGACAGUAACCACAAACCGCGGCCACUGUCUCAAGUAGGAACCGUGGAACUGCGUGGAACACGCAUCUGUAAGCAAGGAGGAGAUCGCGCUUUGCACCACGCACGAAUACUUUUAUAUGGAUCUGCACGAAGUGCCUUCGUCCAAUCGCCGUUGAAAUCAAUUUCGGUCGUCCCCCAUCGCUGCAGCAAAUGACGUGGGUAACCGCUGAUGUAAUUUUGCAGUAAUUUGGUUUCCGCGUGGUGAUGACGACCGCGAGGAAAUAUUUCCAUGCAUCACACGCAGUGCUACAGAGGUGCAUCCACGAGGAGGUGGCUUAGCCACCGAGAGACUCCGCAAGUCGACUCGUCGCCGAGAAACGGAACGAGUCCUUUGGACGUCCGAGAGGAUGUUUACUGUAUCUCGUUUGAAAUUUCAUCAUCGAUAGGUUACAGCUGAUCGAUAUUGACGGAGACACAAUAUCUGGGAAAGAUGGGUUGGCUCGGAUCUUAAAAGCUUUUUGGAGAUAAAAUUGUAAGAUGACGAGCCGCUCGUGACAUCCGUGUCGCGUUUUUUAUGAUGAUGCGGCUGAACUUCAAGACAACUCUGCUUGUACUGGUUGUCGCGACAGUGAGUUUUCUACUUGCCUCAUGGAAUAAUUGUGGAAGCCUAUUGUUCCAUACAGACUGGAAGACAAAAUAUCAACAUAAGGAUCGUUCAAAUACAGAAUCGGGAUAUCAAGAAAUAGAUUGUCACAUAAACGGCGAUUACUCUAUAGGAUGUCGCAAAGAAGGCGACGAAGUAUAUAUACCAUUUUCAUUUAUCCAUAAAUACUUUGAGAUUUAUGGAAAACUAGCUACUUACGAUGGUUUGGAGAGAUUUGAAUGGUUGCACAGUUACUCAAAGAUCGUAAAUCCCAAGGGGAAGUACGAUCCGCGAGGUGUAUUUAUGACUUUUGAAAACUACAAUGUCGAAGUCAGGGAUAGAGUUAAGUGUAUCAGCGGCACCGACGGCGUACCAAUCUCGACACAAUGGGAGAGCCAGGGAUACUAUUAUCCCACGCAAAUUGCUCAAUUUGGAUUAUCGCAUUAUAGUAAAAAUCUAACUGAGCCCGAGCCGCACAGAAAGACCAUUGAAGAUUCCGACAAAGUUAAGCAGAACUGGAAUGUUCCUCAGGGAUCAGUUAUGAACAGAGUGUAUGACAAGCAGACUAACAGUUACGUCCUGAAAUUUGCUACACCGGAAACGAGCACGUCCGGAAUUUCUCUGAAGCUGGAUCACGUACUGGACUUUGUAUUGAAAUGGGAUCUUAAUAUCAAAGACAAUGGAAGCAUCACGGUUACAUUGCAGUCGAGGGAGAAGAAGGAGAUGUACUAUCUUCACUAUGUCACCAACAAUAUAGUAUUGUAUAAUUAUAACAAUCAUGUGCAUUACGGAAUCGGGCAAGCCAAUCAUCAAUGGAGACGUCUCACUAGAGAUCUCGUAGUUGAUCUGCAAAAAGGUCUUUAUCUGAAUGAUAAAAAUAAGAAGAAAUUGCCCCGAUCCAAAUUAAAGGUAGUCAAAAUUACUUUAUAUGGCUCCGGUAUGAUUGACAAUAUGACAUUAUCGACUAGCGAACACAUGGAGCAGUUUUAUGAUGCGGCAAGAUGGUUUGUCGCCAAUCAGAAUAUCACCUCUGGUGGAUGGCCGAAUCCUGUCAGGAGAAAAGUGGCGUCAGGAAUGGCUAUUCUCGAGCCUGGAUGGUAUUCCAGCAUGGGUCAGGGUCAUGCAAUAUCAGUGCUGGCACGGGCAUAUUAUCAUUCUGGAGAGGCGAAAUACUUACAGGCUGCUAUCAGAGGCUUGCGGCCUUUCAGACUGACAUCCGCUAAAGGAGGAGUGGCUGCGCUGUUUCUGAGCAAAUACGUCUGGUACGAGGAGUAUCCUACUACCCCCUCUUCUUUCAUUCUCAACGGUUUUAUUUAUUCGCUUAUCGGGCUAUACGAUUUGAAGAGCAUAGCGAUGGGUAAAGACGCGGAGGAGGCGACCAGACUCUUUAAUCAGGGUAUGACAUCGUUAAAGAACAUGUUAACGUUAUACGACACCGGUUCGGGUACGACAUAUGAUCUGCGUCAUUUUACAUUAAAGACAGCACCCAACUUAGCUAGAUGGGAUUACCAUUCUACUCACAUUAAUCAGCUUCUUCUUCUUAAUUCCAUUGAUAACGAUCCUAUUUUUAUUACGACCGCGGAGAGAUGGAUCGGUUAUAUGAAUGGUAAAAGAGCGGCGCAUAAUUAACUCUAUACUUAGAUAAUGUUCCAUGCCUUUUGUAUUUUUGUUACCUAUUUAUUUAUAAAUCAUUUUUAGCUUAUUUUUUUUUUUUUAUAUUAGAGGUUCAUCGAUAACUUCAUUUAUCAUUUAUCAUUAAAGAUGUAUAUAUAUUUUAACUUUCAUUAGAUUAAAAUAAAAACAUUUCUUAAUUUUUAUUUUAUAUCAAUUAUAUCGUAGGCGCAUGAUUAAGUAGAAGAGUAGGCGACAAAACGAACGUAUGAGAUCUAAAAUUACUUGCGAUUUGUUAAUAUUUCUGUUAAUAUUAUAGAAAGCUGAAAUAACUGUAACAAUAGGAGAUCUGUGUCCUUAAUACACAGGAUGAUUUUUCAUUAUAUAUCAAUAUACAUAAUUACCUUUUAUUUAAAUUAUUUUUAAUGUAAUUUACAAUGCAUUUACUUUAUAUUAUAAUUUUAUAUAAUAAUCUUUUCCAUAAAUUCAUAUAUAAAUAAAAUAUGAUAUAAUUAUUUUAUUUGAUGUAUUUUUUAUUGUUCUUUUAAAUGUAUGACGGAAUCACCAGUGUAAAUGCUAUAUAGGAUUGUACAUAUAUAUUUUUUUCCUUUAUUAUGAAAUCUAGUAGAAUAUAUCAAUUUAAAUAAAUAUUUUAAAAAACAAUUUUAAAUGAACUAAUAUAAUUACAAUAAAUAAUGUGUUGAUAUAUAAUUAAAAAUCAAUCUGUAUGCACUUGUAAAUAAAAGAUUUCUGAAGAACCCCCUGAACACAUUUUGAAGCUGAUGAUGACUGCUUCAAAAUUAAUAAACUUCGCGUAAUGGUGCUGCCAAUAAUUAUGAUAAUUAAUAUAGCGUGAUUCUUUCUUAACAGAUAUAUUGUAUAAUUAUACAUAAUAUCUAAGAGAAGAUUGUAAUCAUUUAUUUUUUAAUAGCGGCAAGUGAUUUUUUGUAAAUUUCUCAACUAGUUUUAUAACUAUGGACUUGCACAUCCCUACGAGAUAUAAAUAAUGUUAAAUUAUUCAAUAAAAAUUGUUUAAUCAGAU